CCGCUCGUGGCCCGGCUCGGCGUCAGGAGCGCGCUCUGUGUGGCCGCUGCCGCCAUGUUGUUGUGGUUGUGAGAAGGCGGCGGCGGCAGCGAAGGAGCAGCCGGACGAAACGCUCCAGCGGCCCAGGCGCUGCCCCCCGCCGGCCCUGGCUGGGAGCCUAGUGGGGUGGCGGAGGAGGCCGUGCCGUGGCGGGCCUCGCCAUGUCCUGCCGCCCGAUGAGAAACUUCGUGAACUUCCCAAACUGAUACAAAUUGUCUUGUGAAACCUUCUAAUAGAGAAAGUUCUUGGGACAAACUUCACUUGAUCCAGGCAUAAAAGAAAGAAAACCUUGCCAGACACGGAAGAAGGGACGGGGAUUUCUCCUCCUAAUCUGGGCCUCCUGUCAUGGAUGAAGAGACUCGGCACAGCCUUGAGUGCAUCCAGGCCAAUCAGAUCUUUCCCAGGAAGCAGCUGAUCCGGGAGGAUGAGAAUCUUCAGGUUCCUUUUCUUGAACUUCAUGGAGAAAGCACAGAGUAUGUGGGCCGUGCUGAGGAUGCCAUCAUUGCCCUUUCUAAUUAUAGACUUCACAUCAAGUUCAAGGAGUCUCUUGUUAAUGUUCCAUUACAGCUUAUAGAAAGUGUUGAAUGCCGAGAUAUAUUUCAGCUUCAUUUGACUUGCAAAGACUGCAAAGUUAUCAGGUGUCAGUUCUCAACCUUUGAGCAGUGUCAAGAGUGGCUUAAGAGACUAAACAAUGCAAUCCGACCACCUGCUAAAAUAGAAGAUCUCUUCUCAUUUGCAUACCAUGCUUGGUGCAUGGAGGUCUACGCCAGUGAAAAAGAACAACAUGGAGACCUGUGCAGACCAGGGGAGCAUGUAACGUCAAGAUUUAAAAACGAAGUGGAGCGGAUGGGUUUUGAUAUGAACAACGCCUGGAGGAUUUCCAAUAUCAAUGAGAAGUAUAAGCUAUGUGGUAGCUAUCCACAGGAGCUCAUAGUGCCUGCCUGGAUCACUGAUAAAGAACUAGAGAGUGUAGCAAGCUUCAGGUCCUGGAAGCGCAUCCCUGCUGUCGUCUAUAGGCACCAGAGCAAUGGAGCUGUCAUUGCCCGCUGUGGACAGCCGGAGGUCAGCUGGUGGGGCUGGCGAAAUGCUGAUGAUGAGCAUCUGGUGCAGUCAGUAGCCAAAGCUUGUGCCUCUGAUUCCCGAUCAAGUGGCAGCAGGCUGUCAACUAGGAACAGUUCUCGAGACUUUCCAAAUGCAGGAGACCUUUCCGAUGUGGAGUUUGAUUCUUCUCUGUCCAAUGCUUCGGGAGCAGAAAGUUUAGCCAUCCAACCGCAGAAGCUUUUGAUCUUGGAUGCACGCUCCUAUGCAGCAGCGGUGGCAAACCGAGCCAAAGGAGGAGGCUGUGAAUGCCCAGAGUAUUACCCGAACUGUGAAGUAGUGUUUAUGGGGAUGGCAAAUAUUCAUUCAAUCCGGAGGAGUUUUCAGUCUCUGCGGUUGCUGUGCACACAGAUGCCUGAUCCGGGAAAUUGGCUCUCAGCUCUUGAAGGCACAAAAUGGCUCCAUCACCUGUCUGUGCUUCUGAAGUCAGCACUUCUGGUAGUGCACGCUGUGGAUCGUGAUCAGCGGCCAGUACUAGCACAUUGCUCAGAUGGCUGGGACCGCACUCCCCAGAUUGUGGCAUUGGCUAAGCUCUUGCUGGAUCCUUAUUACCGAACCAUAGAGGGUUUCCAGGUCCUUGUGGAGAUGGAGUGGCUGGAUUUUGGACACAAGUUUGCUGACCGGUGUGGUCAUGGGGAGAACUCAGAUGAUCUGAACGAACGCUGCCCGGUGUUUCUCCAGUGGCUUGACUGCGUUCAUCAGCUUCAGAGGCAAUUUCCUUGCUCUUUUGAGUUCAAUGAAGCAUUCCUUGUGAAACUGGUGCAACAUACCUAUUCCUGCCUAUUUGGAACAUUCCUGUGCAACAAUGCCAAGGAGAGAGGGGAAAAGCAUACUCAGGAGCGGACAUGUUCCGUGUGGUCGCUGCUUCGGGCAGGCAACAAGGCUUUCAAAAACCUACUGUAUUCCUCUCAGUCCGAAGCCGUGCUAUACCCUGUAUGUCACGUGCGUAACCUAAUGCUGUGGAGUGCAGUGUACCUGCCCUGCCCAUCCCCGUCCACGCCUGUGGACGACAGCUGUGCACCAUAUCCAGCCCCUGGCACCAGCCCUGAUGAUCCGCCUCUGAGCCGGUUACCAAAGACUAGAUCAUUUGACAAUCUGACCACAGCCUGUGACAACACAGUGCCUCUAGCCAACCGGCGCAGCAGUGACCCGAGCCUGAAUGAGAAGUGGCAGGAGCAUCGCCGCUCACUAGAAUUGAGCAGCCUGGCUGGUCCUGGGGAGGAGCCUCUCGAUCCUGACAACCUGGGGAAGCCAACCAAAGUGCUGGGCGGCGCAGAGCUAUCUGUUGCAGCUGGAGUGGCCGAGGGGCAGAUGGAGAACAUUUUGCAAGAGGCCACCAAAGAGGAGAGUGGGAUAGAGGAGCCUGCCCAUAGAGGGAGCAUUGAGAUGCAGGAGGUCGAAGAGGAGGCUCUCUUAGGAAAGGAAAUCAGGGGGAAGACCCUAGAGGGCUCAACCAUUAUUCUUCAAGAACCAGAACUGGGUGAUGCUGCUCUGACAAACCAUCCAGGCACUAGCCUUUCUCUGUUCUCACAGGGUAUUGCUGAGCAGCAGGGUGGGCUCAGCAUUCUCCCCUGUUCUCUCCAGGAGUCUCCCAGGGGAGAACGUACCCACGAGGUCCCUGUGGAACAGCCUCGAAUAGGAGCUAUCACAGAAGAUAGGGAGGAAGCAUUUCUUCCAAUCCCAGUAGAUGUAAAAGUUGGCUAUGGUACCUCACAGUCAAGUUCUCUGCUGCCCUCCCAAGUCCCAUUUGAGGCCACAGGACCAAACACGGACAGUUCAAUGGACAUGUUAAUGGAAGGUCAAGUCAAGUCAGAAAGUGGGCCCGAAGGCCAUCAUAGACCUUGCCUGGUAAACAGUGGCUGGUUCAGUAGCAAGGACAUACUUCCUCAAGCCAUGGAGCCGCAGUCUUCAGAGAGGAGCCUAGCUGAGAGGCCCCAAGUGGGAUCUGUGGUACAUAGGACUUCCCCUGGCAGCAUCCACAGCCCCACGCGUUCUCCUUGUGCCUUGCCUUUAGCCGAAUGUAAAGAGGGGCUUGUGUGCAAUGGUGCCCUGGAGACCGAAAAUAAGGCUUUAGAGCAGCCCCCAGGGUUUAGCACCCUGCAGAAGCACCCCACCCCCAACGGGCACUGCACCAAUGGGGAGGCUGGUAGGAGCAAGGACUCACUGAGCCGCCAGUUGUCUGCCACAAGCUGCAGCUCUGCCCACUUACACUCGAGGAACUUGCACCACAAGUGGCUGCACGGCCACUCGGGGAGGCCGUCUACAACGGGGAGCCCUGACCAGCCUUCCCGCAGCCACCUGGACGACGAUGGCAUGCCUGUGUAUACGGACACUAUCCAACAGCGCCUGCGUCAGAUUGAGUCAGGCCACCAGCAGGAAGUGGAGACCUUGAAGAAACAGGUGCAGGAGCUGAGGAGUCGCCUGGAGAGCCAGUACCUGACCAGCUCCCUGCGCUUCAAUGGGGACUUUGGGGAUGAAGUGACUUCAAUCCCCGACUCGGAAAGCAAUCUGGAUCAGAACUGUUUGUCUCGCUGCAGCACAGAGAUUUUCUCUGAAGCCAGCUGGGAGCAGGUGGAUAAACAGGACACGGAGAUGACCCGUUGGCUCCCUGACCACCUGGCCGCCCACUGCUACGCGUGCGACAGCGCCUUCUGGCUCGCCAGCAGGAAGCACCACUGCAGGGACACUGACCGUGUUGAUCAAACGUGGAAUUGUGGGAAUGUGUUCUGCUCCAGUUGUUGUAAUCAGAAGGUUCCAGUUCCCAGCCAGCAGCUCUUUGAACCCAGUCGAGUGUGCAAGUCUUGCUAUAGCAGCCUACAUCCCACAAGCUCCAGCAUUGACCUUGAACUGGAUAAGCCCAUUGCUGCCACUUCAAACUGAAGCUCAGUGACCUGGGGCGGGCAGAGGCCAAGCUGCUGUUCCUCUGACAGGCCCACAGCCUGGGCAGACCGAGAGGCCCGUGCACUUUGGAAUGGGGGCAUGGAACCACCUGUGCAGAGUGACAGAAAUUUGGGAUGUACCACUGGACUGUAGAUUGAUUUUAUUUCCUGUUUUGUUUUUUUCCCUCUCCCUUUUCCAUCCUUCCUCUGCUUCCAAGAAAGAAAGUCUCCUGGUUGUCUUAAAAAAAUUUUUUUUUUUUUUUAAAUGGAAGACCAGAGGUUGCCAGCCCUCUGUGACUGUUGAGCCACCUGUUGUCCCAUGAUGCUGAGGGUUGGCUUGGUUCCUCAGGACGGAGAGAGGCUGGUCAGAGUCAGGAGUGGAGGCCUGAGCUAGUGGGGAAGAAAGCUGGGGCUGUUGUUUGUGACCAUUCCUUGUGCCAUUGUCACAUCAGAGCUGAUUUGAAAAACGUGUGCUGCUGAGGAGGCUGAAGCAUCUUCCUAACAGACUGUCCCAAGUGCCCUCUGCCUCCUCACAGGAGCCGGGCCAGUUCCACCUCACAGAUAAAUGGGAUUGGCAUUUGGAGGGAGGGGCACAUAAUAAAACGUAACCCUUCUGAGCCUUGCUUUGGGGAAGGAAGGUGUUUGUUGUCCUGAGGAAAGCGAGAGGGCCUGGGAAUCGGGGUGGCCAGCAUUGUUCUCUCUCGCAUGGGAUUCUGUUUUUAACUUGACCCAGAUGGUUUAGGGUUCCCUUCGCUGUCAUGAGUAUGCCUCCCUCAGCCAGGCUGUGUAGUGCUUCCCACCCUCAGGCAUAGGAGUACAGACUGGCCAGAGUGCAGUGGUCCUGCUGCCAUGGCCAAGGCCAAAGCCUUCCCUGAGCCCGGGUGCACCUAGAAGCCCCUGCCGGGGCCUGGUCCCCCAAAACAAUCUCUUUUCCUUGACCACAGGGAAAUCCAGACUCAGGGUUCCAAAAAUUUCCCAUUCCCAAACCAAACAAAUCAUGGAUCUCCCCCUUAAGGGGUAGAAUCAGCUUUUCAGAGUGCAAGCGUCUGGAAAAGGGAGUAUGUCCCAUACAAUCAGCCUUCCUUCUCCUUCCCUUCCUGGGGCAGUGGGAAGGCCCCAGCAGUCCCCCUGCCCUGUUCCUGUGCUGCUGGCCAGCAGUGAGGGGCCACUUGGUGACUCUGCAGGGUUCUUUAGAGAAGUGACACAGCCUGUAGGAGAUUUGGGGCACCUUUCCUCAGUAAGCUUUGAUGUGGUCCAAAAAGAGCCUUAAAUCAAGAAUAUUUGUGGUAGAGGUGAGUGUGGGGAAGGGUGGAGAGGAGUUUAUAGGUUUGUGCUUUGUAAUCUUGGCAUCCAUGUUUUGUGCCUGCCCUCCCUCUCAAGGGAGGGGCCAUGCUUGGCUCUGCUAAAAGCUGCUAAGUGGUAAUGGCGGAUUGUGGUGAGUGGGUGGGGGUGAGGCCAGGGAACUCUCUUACCCUCUGGAAGCAAUUCCCUGGCCAAGGGAAGUUGUCUCAGGAAGCUGGCUCCUGUGUGUGCCUCUGUGUGGUUAAGACGUGGCCCAGAGCCUUCCUUGGAGCUGUCAGUCCAGGCAAAGCCAAGAGCAUCUGAGCAUGUCCCUGACUUCCCAGUUGCAGCAGGUUGCUCGCUCGGAGUUUGAAUUCAGUGAAACAGGGUGUAGUUCUUCUCCGCACUCUGUGUGGUCUGGCCUUGCAGGUAGGGAGAAGUCAGUCUAAUUGAGAUUGUGCAGUUCUAGUGACAGGUGCCAAGAGGUUAUGAUACGGGUUUCUUGGGUCUGAUGUACAGUGUGAAUAAAUGCUUGCAGCUCUUAGCCCUUUUCGAUCAAUGAAGCACUUUUUUAUUAAUAUUUUUCUUUGUAUGUAAAGGAGGAACCGUAACUCUCCGUAGCUGUACAUAUAACCCUUUUCUCCUAAAGAGGAGUCAGUCAGCGCUCCUAUAUUUUUCAUUUUUUGUCAAAGCAAGAAGUAAAUACUUUAGAACUGUUAAAUAUAUAAAUAAAGUGAAUAAAGUUUAGUGUUCCGCAUGGUAGCAUUUGCUAACACGUUCCAAUUCUUUGCCCUGUGAUUUAUUCCCUCUUCAUCCCUUUUCCUUCUUAAACAGCAGCAAUUGGAGGUGCUGCCGGGAAACUGAACUUUGGCGAAGGAAAACUACAGGUUUCUGUUCUACUCUGGACCUUUGCAAGGAGCCGCAGCACAAUGCCCAAGCACUGAAAUGUAUUUCCUUGAUGGUUUUGUCCCUAACAUCUCCAAAACUAAGAAGGCAAAGCAGUUGGGCAUCUUAACACCAGGGGUUCUUUCUCAUCUGGAGAACUGAGCAUCAAUAGUAAAUAAAACUACCUCUGGUCUCUAGGCUCCUCUCCCCACGUGCGCCCAUCCCCCCCCCCCCCCCGCUGUCACUGCUGAUGAUUGAUGGAUCGCAGGGCAGCCUGUGCUCUGGCUCCUUAACCCCACCACACCCGGGGAGCACCAGCUGCGCCUGCAGCAGUGGUUAAGCACAGAGCCCUGCAUGCAGUGGAGUGUGGAAGACUUGGGGCAGGGGGAGGUGGCUGGAAAUGCUUCUGUCUGUUCUUGGAUGAGAGCAUAUGGGAGAGCAGAGAGCCCUUGGGGGGCAGAAGCUGAAACGGAUGUGAUUGGAUUAUGUGCCUAACUGUAGGUCCCCUUCCUCCCUCCGUAGAGAGGGCUGAACUUCUCUUUAGAUCUGCAACCAGCCAAGCAAGGCCCUAGCAUCUAGUCCCUUCUUGACUAGUUCUUGCUCUUCACAGAGGUGGGUUUUCUUUCUCCUGCAUCACCACGGGGCAUUCUUCUCAUCCCACAGGUCUGUGGGAGAGCUACAGUAAGCAGUUCCUCCCUAGGGAAGGUGGGUAUGAUUAGUGCCCAGCUCUGGGCCUCCCUGAGGGCCUCCACUCUGGGGCAGGCUUUCCAGGGUCACUUUCUGGAUGUAUUCUCUGCCUAAAGUACAUGAACACAAAGUAUAUAAACAGCUCAAAUGAUACUAGUCUGAAAGCUGAGAGUGCCAUCCAGCGGGUGUUUGAGAAUUAGCCUGUUCUCUGGAAGGAGAAGGUGCCACUUCAGCUGCUAUUGGGAGGGCCAUAUUCAGACUGUAAAAAUGAGUGUGUCCUAGCCAAUGUCUGUCCACACACAGCUCCUGUUUCUAAUCUCUAAGGGUUCAGCCCUCUGCCAGUUAAAACACUAGCAGAACCUAGCAAGGCUGUCAGGGGCCCAUAGAUGUGGAGCUGCUGGGGGUGGGAAGAUGAAGAGUCAGCGUGCUAAGACCUGCACAGUGUGCAUCUCAGGCUAAGGAAGUGACGUGGGAGAUGGCCAGGUGCUGACAGAGGUGGUUUUCCAAGGGCAAGGCUGGCUUUCUGAGGACCCCACAUGGAGGAAUUUGGUGUGAAGCAAUGGGGGACUAAACAGUGAUCUUGAGCUGCCAGGAUGUCCUCCUCCAAACUUUCUUAUCCUGGCAUUUUCUCAGUUUUCCCCUUCUUUCCAGACUCUGGCCUUAAUCUCAGUCCAAAAGAUGAUAGGGCUGCCUUAAUCCACUGGGAUUUUCUAGUGAGGAUGUACAGAAAAAUUUUUCUUUACUUUGCUAUUAUGUUCACUAUUCAUUUCUAUGUUAGCAAAGUAUAUUCUAAGACUUAAAAAGCUGUGGCAGAUUUGACAGAGAACGAACAAAAUGGUGCCAGAAGACCUGUUAAACAAUAUCCAUCUAUUAAAAAAUACUGAAAUGGGAAUCGAGGGUACACCCUAGAAUAAGAUUACAGGCUAUUGAAAUGGCUGAUAGACUUUAGCUGCUGUGCAUGAGGCUGGGAGAUUCCGUGUUUGCUGAAGUUGUUAACUCUAGCCCUGACCUCUACUGAUCCUUUAAGCAUGAGGGCGGAUUUGAAGGUGCUGUUGCAGGAAUUCAUUUAGCUAGUGCCCGUUCAAGUGAUCUGACCCCCGGGCUGCACCUGUAUCCAAUUGAAUUCGGUGAGGCUAGGCUAACAGCAGUUGAAAAUGAGCCCUAGGUUGUGGAGCAGUGACUGACUCUCCGUUUGCAGUUUUGAGUGACAUGGCAGGAAUCCUAGGAUUUAAUUUCUAGUCACGUUUUCGAAGAACAUUUGUCCUAAGUUGAGGUUACUGACAAGGUAUCGUGAGGGCCGGCCUAGAAUGUUUGAGACGCUUCUAGCUGUAAGAGGUGACCCUCCUAAGCCUUUGAUUCUUAAAACACAAGGUCCGCUGUCCCCAGCACAUAACCACACUGACACUUUGUUCCUCUCCUCUGUAUGCAGUUCACCAUCUGCACAUUUUGCACAGGUACCAGCUGCCUCCCCGGUGGAACAGGCCUCUUCUAAGCUAGGCCCACGUUCAGAGGCAUGAGGGGAAGGACCCUCCCAGCCCCCAACAGGAAUCACAAGGUUUUUGCUAUUGUAUUUUAUUUACCACUUCCGGUCUUUUCUCUCCUGCCCAAUUUGGGUCACCUUUUCUUACAGUGCUCCUGGCAGUUGCAUUUAAUUGUAUUUCCAGUGAAAUUUGUUUGGCAUUGGCAUUUAAAAUGGGCCUUUAACUGCUUCCUGAUUGGUUCAUACAUUUUUUUUUUAUGCAAACGUAACGUAUGAGGCUCGGGUGCUGUUUAAGAAAUGUGCUGUGUGUUGCUGCAGACAGUAGUGCUUGCCUAUUGUAACAGUGUUGAUUUUGCUGUAGCCUCAGUGACCAUGUAAACGAAAUAAAUUUGUCAUUUUCACCCACAAA